AUAUCAUGACUAUUAUUUUUAUUAAUUAUACCUCAAAUUUAAGAUUUUUGUAGUAGUGUGCGUGGUGCAGUUUUUAGUAAAUUAAGAUCAAUAUUGUUAAUACAAUGAAAUUUUCAAUUUUAAUGAGCUUAACUACGAGUGCAUCUCAAUAAAACGGUAGCGCGAAUAAUGCUUGAGCUUUUAUGUAUAACUUAUAUGAAGCCUUUCUAAAGUUGCCAAGUGCUUCAAGCGUUAUAAUAAACGUGUAAUGUAUUCUCGUGAUCAUAAGUUUGUAGGUGGCAAGGGUUACUCGAGGAUACAGCGUGCUCCGGCGUAUACUUUUGGUCACAAGACACCUGUAAACUUUAACAAACAGAUUCUUACAGCGAAAGCGCCAGUUUUAGAUAUCUCGGGACAUAGUAAAAAAGGAACCUAUAGAAUACCUCUCGGUGUAGUUUCACCCAGAUUAGAUCCGAUACAGUGUAAAGGUAAAACACCAGGCCCUGACAGAUAUGUUCCAAAAAGCCGAGUGAUUUUUAAAAGACCUCCAGUGUACUCGAUGCGCCUAGCCGCAAAGCCUCCAUAUCAACCUUGGGACAUGUGGACCCCUCCCCCAAAUAUGUAUUUGCCUACUAUACAUUUCAAGAAGCCACCCGCGUAUACACUCGGAUAUGCAGUACGAGAACUAACAGCACAAAAUCUUCCCGGUCCCGGAGAACAUGAUCCCAACUUUGACUUUGUGAAGCUACGAAAGCCCGCAUUUUCCUUUGGUGCGCCUUUCAAAAGCACACCGCCCAAAAAGACGCCACCUCCAAAUACUUAUUGCGAGAAAAAGUUUAUGUAUCCCAAACGUACUAUACCAGCGCCAACCUUUGGGAUUCGCCACUCGCCAUACUUGGGGAAGCAAGAAGAAUAUCUUACCCCAUCAAACUUAUGUAUCGUUGUUAGUGGUGAAGACUAGAACGUAGUUUUUUUGAAAUUUUAGUUCUCAAUUUGAAUUAAUAAUUUAUUAUUAUUUCCGAAUUAUAUUACUACAG